GCAAUCCAAUCAGCCCGCCUUACUAUCUAUUAAUACGCAUUGCAAGAAAGGCUGUCUCUUCAUUUCAAUGAUAUAAUACUAAGUCGGCAUAUCUUAGCUUUUCUGUGGUCACAAACAACUUUGAUCAAUUUCAAUUUAUUAUUCUACAUCGUUUCCAGCACAGAAACAACUUGGUAAAAGAAGAUGUCUAAAAAACUUCUCGUCGUUUUUGGUGCGACAGGCCAACAAGGCGGCUCGGUUGCAAACGUCGUUCUUUCUGACCCAUUACUCUCGUCUCAAUACUCUGUCAGAGCCAUCAGCCGUUCAACCACCAGCCCGAAAGCUCAAGAUCUUGCAACCAAGGGCGCUGAGCUAAUUUCAGCGGAUCUCAAUGAUCCCUUAUCUUUGAAAGCUGCACUUGAAAAUGCGCACACCGUCUUUGCCAUGACAAGUACCACACUUACAGGAGAUACUCGCGAGGUUGAAACUGCGCAAGCCAAAGCUCUCUGCACCGCAGCAAUUGCCGCUGGAGCGCAGUAUAUCAUUUGGCAGACGCUCCCGCCCGUGAUGGCCAUUUCGGAUGGGAAGUUAAGCGUUAACCAUUUCGACACCAAAGCCGACAUUGAGCAGUACAUCCGCAGCCUGCCAAUCAAGUCCGCUUUUUACUGCCCGGCGUACUUUAUGCAGAAUUUCACCAACCAGCUGAUGCCACCAAGACCAUCACCCGCGAAUGACGGGUCAUAUGUCUUUGCGUCACUAUGCAAUCCCGAUACACGGAUGCCGCUUAUUGACGCGACGGAGAUGGGAAAAUGGAUUGCACCUAUUCUUGAGUCCCCUGAUGAAUACGAGGGGAAGGUGUUAGAGGCGAUGGAGGGGUGGUACACGUGGAAAGAGAUUGCUGAGAUUGUUUCCAGUGUGACAGGAAAAAGAGUUGCGUAUCAACAGGUUUCUGAUGAGCUCUUCAAGGAGUGGAUGCCACCAUUGGUCAAAGAUGAUAUGCAAGGGAUGUUUGUGUUUUACAGGAAUUAUGGCUUUUAUAGUAAACCACCAGGGCAAAAGUCAGAAGAUAGCGGGAAAGCGAAGGGGAAGCUUAGUUCUUUGGAGGAGUUUUGCAAGAAGGCAGAAUUUACAUUUCCUUGAUCUGACGGUAUAAAUUGGGAUGAAUUACCUCCUUUAACUUCGGAGCGUUGCUGUCCUCGGAAUACUUGGAAGCUACAAAAAAGGACUGGUAGCUUUUCAGAGAUCAUGUUCGAGUAUAGUAGUUGUACUAAUGGAACCCACCUUUGUCAAUAGGGUUAGGAGAGAACCCCUACCGUCUCCAAGGCUCCUAUAGAUACAAAAUUAAGAUUUCAGAAUGUUUGAUCUAGAUCUAGGCUUUCCAGAUAUUGCAAAUCAUCUAGCGUAAUAGAAAUUAAAGCAGGUAGACCAAUUUUAUUACAGGUUAAUAUAGGACCCAUGAUAUCGAUAGUACUGGAGAGGGAAAAUGUGCCUGAGAAAAUGGAAGAGAUCUAAACA